GUAGCCAUGUGAUCUGAGCAGGCGGCAAGCUGGGCAGGUCCUGUGCCACGGCUGCCUGGCUCCCUGCUCUCCACUCUGUCUAGCUCAGGGCACCCUGACCCAACACGGGCCUCGGUGCUCAGUGCUCGGGGUUUCUCUCUCAGGACCUAAGGGCAAGGAGCAGAGCCCAGAACUCAAGAGCCAAAGCCAGGGGCUGAGAGUUCCCAGGAGCGAGGCUGGUGUGGCCUGGAUGAGGCACCAAGAUGGGGAAGAAACUGGACCUCUCCAAGCUCACAGAUGAGGAGGCCAAGCAUGUAUGGGCCGUGCUUCAGCGGGACUUUGACCUCCGGAGAAGAGAAGAAGAAAGGCUUGAGGAACUGAAGGGCAAGAUACAGAAGGAGAGCUCGAAGAGAGAGCUGCUGUCUGACACAGCCCACCUGAAUGAGACCCACUGUGCCCGCUGCCUGCAGCCCUACCGGCUCCUGGUGAACAGCAGACGGCAGUGCCGAGAGUGUGGCCUCUUCGUCUGCAAAAGCUGCAGCCACGUCCACCCAGAAGAGCAGGGCUGGCUCUGUGACCCCUGCCACUUGGCCAGAGUCGUGAAGAUUGGCUCGCUGGAGUGGUACUACCAGCACGUGAGAGCACGGUUCAAGCGCUUCGGGAGUGCCAAAGUGAUCCGGUCCCUCUGUGGGCGGCUGCAGGGCGGAGGUGGAUCUGAGCCAAGCUUGGGGGAAGGCAGUGGAGACAGUGAACAGACGGAUGAGGACGGAGACCUGGAUGUGGAGGCCCAGGCACAGCCCCUUAACAGCAAAAAGAAAAAGCGCCUGCUCUCCUUCAGUGAUGUGGACUUCGAGGAAGACCCAGAGCACGCGAUGCAGCCCUGCAGCCAUACCCUGGGCCUGUCCUCAGUCCCUGAGUCUGCACACAGCCUGCAGUCCCUCUCAGGGGAGCCCUGCUCUGAGGAUACCACCUCCCUGGAGCCUGAGGGCCUGGAGGAUACCGAUGCAGGGCCCCUGGGGUGUCACCCCAGUCCAGAAGAGCAGCCACACAUCCCCUUGCCCUCUGGAGAGGAUGCCCACACUGACCUGGACCUGCCUGGAGCAUCCUGCAAGAGGGCCCUAGGGACCACAGCUAUGCCUGGGAUAGAUAAUGUCACAGGCAAACAACUCCCCUCACAGUACCUGGCUGAUGUGGACACCUCUGACGAAGACAGUCUCCGGGAUCCCAGGGCAGCCUCCCAGCAUUCCAAGAGGAAGGCCCGGGCAGCGCCUGACACUCAGAUCUUGGAGCUGAACAAGCGCAUGUCAGCUGUGGAGCAUCUGCUGGUCCACCUGGAGAAUGUAGUCCUGCCGCCCUCGGCCCAGGAACCAGCUGUGGAAUCACGCUCCAGUGCAGACACAGAGGAGGAGGCUCUCAGGAAGAGGCUGGAGGAACUGACCAGCAACAUCAGUGAUCCCGGCACCUCAUCAGAAGACGAGGUCAAGCCAGGUGGCACCCUCCAUGCGGUAUCCCCAGAGGUGUGCGUAGACACGGGACCCCUGGAGACACAGGGAAAGAGCCCUCAGGGCCCCGAGAACCCUACUCGGACUACAAAGAGCACAGAUGAGGAACUGUCGGAGAUGGAGGACAGAGUGGCCCUGACAGCCUCUGAAGUUCAGCAGUCUGAGAGCGAGGUCUCAGACAUCGAGUCCAGGAUUGCAGCCCUGAGGGCAGCGGGGCUCACUGUGAAACCCUCAGGAAAACCCCGGAGGAAGUCAAACAUCCCGAUCUUUCUUCCCCGGGUGACUGAGAGACUUGACAGGAUCCCAAAGGAUCCAUCUGCAGACCCUGAGGACCAAGCCAACGUGCCCAAGGUGACAGCCGUGCCCUGUCUCCAGAGGAGGAAGUAUUCCCCCAGCGGUCAAGGCAUAGAUGGUGGUUCUUUUGAUCGGAAAUCAGUGUACCGCGGCUCUCUGACACAGAGGAACCCCAACGGGAGGAGAGGGACGGCCAGGCACAUCUUCGCGAAACCCGUGAUGGCCCAGCAGCCCUAAAAGGAGACACACGGACACAGAAGAGCACCACAAAGCACCCCACACUGUUUCCUCCACAUGGUCAUCGCAUCCCCACGGGCUCUGUGCCUCCUGAUGCUCACGGUUGCUUAUAAUCACCAUCCCAGUGAGAAAUAAGAAGAACUUCCUGUGCGGGUCCA